AUGGAAGUAAAUAUUCUCGCAUUUAUAGCUACAGCACUCUUCAUUCUAGUUCCGACUGCCUUUUUACUUAUAAUUUAUGUAAAAACGGUAAGUCAAAGUGAAUAA